AUGUGUGAGCUAUUUUUAGGAACCUGGAAACUUAUUUCUAGUGAAAACUUUGACAACUAUAUGAAAGAAUUAGGAGUUGGUCUUGCGACUAGAAAACUUGGCAACCUGGCCAAGCCCAGUGUGAUCUUCAGCAUCAAGGAUGAUGUAAUAACCAUCAAAACAGAAAGCACCUUUAAAAACACUGAGAUCUCUUUCAAGUUGGGGGAAGAGUUUCAGGAAACCACAGCAGAUGGCAGGGAAACCAAGAGCACUGUAACCUUGGCCAAUGGCUCUCUGAGUCAGGUGCAGCAGUGGGAUGACAAACAGACCACCAUAAAGAGAGAGCUGGUAGAUGGAAAGAUGGUUGUGGAAUGCACGAUGAACAAUAUCACUUGCACUAGAGUCUAUGAAAGAGCUUGAGGAAUUCUCGUUGCCACACCGAGUCAGAGUUUGCUGCUGAGAUCCUGUCCAGAGACAAUAGCUGCCCUACACUACUGACUGCCUGUGCAAGAAUCUUGGUUCAUCUUGAGAAAUGUAUUAAAGCAGUUGUGUAACUUCAGCUAUCGAUAACUGGCUAGUA